ACCCAAAUUGCUCGGCAUCCAACGAGGCACCGGCACGAAACCUCGCGCCGCCACCAAAUCUCCGGGGAGCGAAGAGGCGGCUGCAGCGAGUGCGCGACAAGCCGUCAAGGACGACGAAGGCGGCAAGGCCAGCGGCCAGAGGAGGAGGCAUGCUUAAGUUCCUGUCCAAGGUGGUGGUGGAGUACUGCCCUCUGGACCCGCGGAAGGCGGCGGCAGUGGAGCUCCUCGCGCAGUGCAACGGCCGCAAGGCCAAGGACUCCAACCCGGCCUGCUCCGUCGAGCUCCGCCGCCUCCCCUCCCCGCCUCUGUCCACGGACCCCAAGUCGCAGCCGACUCUCCCGCCUCCGCGGGUCCUCGUGACCUACCUCAACGGAGCCGAGGAGGCCAUCAUGGCCGCUGAGGGCGCUACGGCGCAGGGCAUCCGUGACCAGAUCCUCGCACGGGGCCGGCUCAUCGACACGGAGCAGAUGUUCCGCGACGGCGGGGAGAAGUGGCCCGUCGUCAUCCCCGAGGAGGAGCUCGGCAUGUCGUUCCCUGGCAUCAAGCCAAAGAAAGCCGAGGACAAGCCCCAGGCCUAGUGACCAAGUCAGAGUUUUCUAUUUGAUGCAUGGUUAACUAUGGACAUUUGUACACCCACGAAUGUGGGAUAAAAAAUUCUCUGACCACUGCCACUUAGAAUGUGCGUUACCUGUUGCUUGAAGACCAGGUCUGGUUCAAUUUUUGUUUUCCCACAUUGAGGUAUGCUUUCAGUUGGUGCUCUGUACUCGUAUAUCAUUUUGGCUCUUGUCAGCACAAUAUGCUGUGAACAAAUUGACUCAGAAUAAGCAACUUCCAUAAUAUUGUGGUCUUAAAGUCA